AUGGCCUGGCAGAGAUUCGUUGGUAGACGAGGUAAUCCAUCGAAUGUAUUCUCCGACAACGGGUCCAAGUUCGUCGGUGCACAAAAGGAGUUGAACAACUGGUUGACACGGUUAGACAAAUGCGCCCUGCAAGAUCGACUGUCGCCAUCUGGGAUCCAAUGGCACUUCAGCCCACCCUACAGCGGUCACAAUAACAAUAACGGUGCCAUAUUUCACAACGAAAGUCGUGAGGCGCCGAACGAUGAGACUUUGAGUACAUUUUUGGCAGAGGCCGAAAGGAUACUGAACAAUCGACCGCUUGUACCUUUCACCAGCGAUGACCUGCAAGGACUGACACUAACUCCGAUUGACCUUCUGCUAUUGAGGUCCAAUGACGGUCUAGAUAUGCCAAAAAACAUUAGUGGCUGCUAUACCUCCGGUUGGAAGCAUGCGAACUACCUGGCACGGGUGUUUUGGAAGCGUUGGACAAGAGAGUACCUACCAACCCUUCAAGCUCGACAGAAGUGGUUGCAUAGUGAACAGUCUCUGAAGGUUGAAGAUGUUGUCCUUAUGGCCGAAGAAAAGCUACAACGCGACAACUGGCCACUGGGUGUAGUCAUAGAAAGCCACUCGGACUCAGACGGACUAGUAAGAACAGUGAAAUUGAAAACAUCUGCCAGUGAACAGGUGCGCGAUAUUCAACGAGUGUGUUUAUUGGAGGGAGAUGACCACUAUGCCGUUACUUGA